AUGGGGUUGGAGGGUGGAGGAUGUCCGAUGGGAACAGUUCCCAUAAGGAGAACUACUAAAGAUGAUCUCAUUAGAGCCAAAUUGUAUUCAGAAAUGCAUGCUUCGAAAAUUAAUCCUCUUACUGACGAUCAACCUGGUAAACAUUUUGCUGUGGCUCAAACUAUCGCAGAUAUCGAUUAUGAUGGAGUUGGAGCGAUUCUUAGCGUAUGGAAUCUUCCGGUUCAAGCUCCUCAAUACACUUCAGGUCGAGUAAAGAUUAAAAAUGGUGCUGAAAGCUUAGAAGCUGGGUGGACGGUGAGUGGACAAAAGAUUUUGCUUGUGAAGAAAAAUUAA